CUAUUGCGGUGAAAAACCCUCGCUCGCCUGCUCUCUCUGAUCUUCUUCUUUUCUUCAAGAUUUCUACUCAAUAAUUCGAUUACCCACCGCCUUUUGGAUUUCUUGGCUGCUUCGAUUUCAUCGAUCGAGUAAUGGAGUCGGAAAAUCGAGGGAUUCGUCGCGAAAUCUCGACCCACAUACGCCGGGAUUACGUUCACUCCACUUUCACGGAGCCACCUCUUCGAUCUGGCUAUCUCGGGCCAGAAUUUGGGAGGGCACAGCUAGCACACUCCCUAAAUUACGACUAUCAACAACAAUCUCGUUGUUAUCCUCCGUUGCAUCCUUUUCCUUCACAUCGUCCUCAUUAUAUUCAAGAUGCAGUCCAGACUGAGAUUGCGAUGGAACAGAUGAGAAGUCAGAUAAUUAUGACUGAGCUUAUGAGAAGUCGUGCUUUGAUGGCUGAGGUGAUGAGGGAGAGGGAACUGUUGAUGGAGAGGGAACUGAUUCUUAGGCAUCAAAGUGAUGGGUUUGUUUUUGGCUCGACACCGAAAAUGGGGUAUGACUCACUAACAAGGCUUCCACUUCUGGGAGCAAGGGCAGAGCCAUGGCCGCUGGAAAAUGGAACCGUGCAACCUUUCGCACAGAUAAUUAGACCGAAUGGUAGGGUUGAAUCCGGAGGAUGUGAGGGUCUGAUCUCUCAGGCAGGGACACCUUCGUUGAGAAUUUCAGAGGUUAAUGCUUCCUCAGAGAGCAACAAAGAAAAGCCGAUAAUUACCUUGCAGGUGAAACGUGACGAGAACAUAACUGGAUCGAAGAGAAAGCUGAAGGAGACACCAGAUUCUGCCAAAUCUCCGUCAGAUAACCACCCAACGACAAAGAAAGCUAAAACCGAGUGGAGUUGCUCCAUUUGUCAAAUUCAGACCACAGGCGAACAAGGCUUAAUUGAUCACCUCAAGGGGAAGAAGCACAAGUCGAAGGAGGCUGCAAUGAAAGUUCAAGCUUCCGGUAAAAAUUACCGCAUCGGGUUUUGCGCAACGAAACCCGCCAAGCCCACUGUCGAUCAACCACCUACCAAUUGCUCCGAUAAACCAAAAUUGCUAGAGGGCCGAAACCACAAUGACAAUAAGAAAAAUGACGAGAGAGUUACUAGAAACGCCCCAAAGUACAGUGGUGCGCCUAAGAAGGAUAAUUUCAAGUUUUGGUGCGAAAAGUGUCGGGUGGGCGCCUACUCUAAGGAAGUGUUCGAGAAUCAUAAGAAGGGGAAGAGACACGUUGGUUUGGCGAGGGCAAAUAAGGAAAAUCCUCGACAUGGGGCGGGUGGCGAUAGGGAUGGGAAGUUCAAAGCUUGUGGUUAUUUUGUCGCACAAAAGAACCAGGCGAGCGGGAAGAUGAGUUGAGAUGACGACAGAAUGGUGUUGCUGUCUGUUGAAGACACAGUGUGAAUGAUUAGGAGGUUUGAUUUGGAUUCUGAUUAUCAUUUUCGGACACUUUUUUCCGCAUUUAUUUUUUUUCGGACACUUUUUUCACCCUCUGUCUCUCUUUGUUGUUGUUGGUAAGACCACCUCUGUUGUUCUGUUCUGUUUGUUAUAUUUGUGCUUUGUUUUGUAAGGUUGUUUGUGAUCAACUACUGAAGAUGAUGAUUGUUAGGGUUUUUUUUUUU